GGGAGGACGUACCUUCUCUCGACCAACCUUGUAGUGCCACACAAUCUGAUUCGCUUUCAUAUCUCUGGACUGACGAUCCGCCGAGGGACUUGUGGGCAUCCCCCAGAAUGUCCUCUCUCUCCUCGUUCUUCCCUUCUAAGUUCCUGGGCUCGAUGCAGCCUCGCGACCGCGGAAACCAGUCCAACUCGCUAGCGCGGUUGCGCUUUGCACUCGACACUAUGCCUGGAUCGCGCAAGUACGUCUUUACGCCCUCCACACGAGCGGAGAUUCUCGCGGAGCUGUACGACUCGUUCUGGGCGUCGUAUGCGCACCUAUUCCUACCCAACUCCAACUCCAGUCUUCCUCUGAACGUCACCCUGAGCGAGGUGCAGGCCAAGGCAGGCAAUGCCAAAGAGCCAUCCAUUACUCCUGGUAGGCCGUGCGGGCAUAUCUUCAAGAAGGGCGAGGCGUGCUUCCGAUGCAAGGAUUGCGCCCUGGACGACAGCUGUGUGUUCUGCUCAAGAUGUUUUGAGGCGACAGACCACACAGACCACAGCGUUAGCUUCUUCAUCGCUCAGCAAUCCGGAGGAUGUUGCGAUUGCGGAGACGUAGAGGCUUGGAGGUCCCCCAUAAACUGCCCCUACCACCCCCCAACCGCCGAGAGCGUGGACCGCAUCAAGGACUUUACAGCCAAGAUGAUUCAGUCGACGCCGAAGAUAACGCCUCGUGUCAUCCCCGGGUCUGAGGUCCCGCCAGUGAAGAACUACCCAGACCGCGCGGCGAUCCCUGACGAAUUGCGCGAAUCGAUGAGCAGGACGAUAGGUUAUGCCAUAGACUACAUUCUCGACACUUUCGACUACUCUCCCGAGGUCACAGGCGCGCCGCCGAAGGAGGAGUACCUGUGGAAACAGCCUACGGGAGAUCCGAUGAUGAUGAAGGACCAGUUUUGCGUAGUACUCUGGAACGACGACAAGCACUCGUUCGACGAGGUCAUCCGGCUACUCGUGGACAUGACUGCGCGUACACGGGAGGAGGCGUCGGGCAUCGCGGACGGCAUAGACGAACAGGGCCGGGAGAUUAUCGAGAUGAACAGCAACAUUCCGCGGCUGCUCGAGAUGGGCCAGACGAUACAACAGAUCGACUUGGGCGUGACCAUCCGUCGCGCAUAUGACACCUUCCGCGAACAAGUCAGCGCAGUCAUAAUCGAAUGGCUGCUGGACCUCACUCGCAGUCGUCUUGGGUCUGAUACACUCGCCAUCCGGGAGAUCAUAGCGCAAGAACUGCUUUCACCGAGGAGACAGACCUACGCACGAGGAUUCACCGACUCUCAUGCCUUCAUUGCGGACGUGAGCGACCCCGCGAGGCUUGAUUGGCUCUUUUUGUAUCACGUACGCUUGUGGAAGAAGCCACGGCUCAACCUCAAGGAGAUAUACGCCUCGCUUCUCAACCUGAGCCACGAUCACAAGCUCGCCAUGGCAACGCAUUUCGCCAACGUUUACAGCAGAGUCAUAGACGCAUAUCUACUGACUGACCGUGAAGCGGAGACAUCCAUCAAGUACUUCGCUCUCCAGCUAUUCACUGUGCCCUCCGUAGCGCUCUACCUGGUUCGCAACUACAGCGUCGUAUCACGGCUACUCUCUAUCAUCACGUCUUUCUUCACAAACCAGAUCCAGGACAACCGUAUCGUCAUUACAACCAACCCGCAAGCGGAGGUGGACGUUGACGCGAUGCCAUUCAAGUCGAAGCGAUUCAUGACAAUCUUCAGUGACCUGCGGUACCUCUGCCACAAUGACCCUGUGCAGCAGCUGAUCGCGCACAAUCGCGAGUUCAUUCAGCAGUUCGCGCGGGUGUGUCAGCUCUUCAUGUGCGUUAAUCCGAACAAACGCGCCGUGGUUAGCCAUGUCGAGUACGAAACGGACGUCUGGAUCAGCGUGUUCAACGUUACCCUGUCGCUUUCCCGGGUUAUCAAGGUCUACGGAGAGGCGUUUUCCAGGGCGACGGCUACGGAGCUCGUGAAUGCAAUCUCGACGGUCAUGCAUCACAUCCUUAUGGUCUCCGCUCUUCAUAACGACGAGCGAGAUCCAACGAGGUUUCCUCGAGUGUCGUUCCACCAUGCUAACUUUGGCGAUACCACGUACGAGGUCGUCGAGUUUGAUGUAAUGGAGGGCUGGGUCAGCUUCCACCACUCGCUUCAGUGGUUGCUUGCAGAGCUGUUCAAACACGUCGACCUUCUGGACGACGAUCAUCUGCGGGAGAUUGGCAUGGGCAGCUUACGCGAGGUCUGCUUGCGCAAUGCUAGUGUGCAGGCUAUUCAGACUAUCAUUGACUACCCUUUACGAGUUAUUGCGAUGGUUGCGCAAAUACGCGCUGGCCUGUGGGUACGAAACGGCUUUGCCAUCCGAGGGCAAGUUAUGCAUUAUCGCGACUUCAUGCUACGGGAGCUCUGCUACGACCAGGACUUGUUUAUCCUCCAGACGGCGAUGGUUAUCCUCGACCCAAACUCUGUCAUUGUUACCAUGCUCGAUCGCUUCCAGCUCACGGGUUACUUCUCUGGGGCUACUCUCCACCACGUCUACGACAACACGCAGAUGGCGAAUAUGGUCGAAGAAUUCCUCUAUGUGCUUAUCACUGUUCUCACGGAGACUGCGAAUGCGACGAAAAUGCCAUUGCCGCAGUCCGUCAGGCGAGAGAUCGUCCAUGCACUUGCGUUGGGUCCUUGCACAUACACAGAGCUGGUGAAGCGCGUUGCCGAGCGGAAGUCCGACGACGUCUGCUUCGACCGUGUCCUCAAGGAUGUUGCCAACUUCAAGGCCCCAGAGUCUACCACAGACUCAGGCAUGUACGAGCUUAAGGAUGAAGCCUUCGACGAGGUCAACCCUUUCUUCUAUCACCAUACUCGGAACAAACGUGAAGAAGUCGAAGUCGUUCUCAAGAACCGCCUCAAGAAGCGCACUAAUGUCGAGGACCCUGUACUCGUUCCGAAGCCGCUGAAUAUCACUCAUGGACCAUUUGCUGUGCUCUCCUCUGUAUUCGAAUCCGAGGUCCUGCUCCAGGUUAUCUUCUACGGCAUCUUCAACGUAAUCAGCAUCACUGAAGCGACGGGCUCCGCACCGCCCUCCGCUGAAGCCAUCCUUGAUCAAUGUCUCCACCUGCUUAUGCUGGCCCUUCUCGAGCGGCCUCAGUCGUUCAGCUACAUCGCCGUCAACAAGAUCUUUGAGGAGAGUCAGACACUUCUCGACGUCGUAUGCUCGCUGGAGCGGAAUACCACCUAUCACAAAAACUACAAGUCUCGCGUAGGGUGGAUCCUGUCACAGUUCGAGCUGUAUCAACCCCAAGAAGUUCAGGCCCGCAAGGUACCGGAACCUGCCGUACAAGUCGACCCCGAGGAGGCGAAGAAGCGUGCCGCGAAGGCGCGUCAGGAGGCUCUCAUGAAACAGAUGAAGGCCCAGCAAGCGAGUUUUGCCAAUCAGUUCGAGGACCUAGAAGACGAAGACGAAGAGGAGGAUAUGGAACACACAGACGCUCCUGUGUCUUACGGCACCUGCAUUGUUUGUCAGGAGGAACUGAACAACUCGCGCGGGUGGGGUGCCCUUGCUCUCAUCCAACCGAGCCGGUUCCUCCGUCGCUAUCCAGAGACGCAGCAGGGACACAUGAGCGACGUCUUAACUGCGCAGGAAGAUAUGGACCGCUCAUCGUCCGAGCCAAUCGACAGCUCGUUCCCUCCGGCUAAGGCGGAAUCGGAAGCCCGCACAGUGAGCCUUGAGGGCUUCCCGCUCCACUCGACACGCUUUGGCCUGCAUGCGUCCAUUUGCACCCAUCUGAUGCACCUGGAGUGCUUCGUGGUCUAUAACGUUUCCAUCCGCCAACGACAUCGCACGCAAACCACAAGGAACCAUCCUGAGAGCAUUCCGAGAAAGGAAUACAUCUGUCCGCUCUGCAAGAGCCUAGGGAACGCCAUCAUUCCUGUGGUAACGGCGCCCAGCCCGGUUGAGCUGAAUACCGUUCCCUUCCCUGACUGGAUCCGCGCCGCCGGGAUCAGCAUCCUCAAGUCGAAGCCUGACCCGCUCCUUGAAUCCCUGCAGUCACGCAAUGGCACCGGCGAGUUUGUCUUCUGGGGUGCAAUGGAUCCCGCAUAUCAACAAUUUGUGAAACCGUACGACCGAGAGCUACCUCCUAUGCUCAAGAUGGUCGAUUCCAUUAUGGCCGUGGUCAAGACCGUCUCCUCGCAAACUCGGCACCUACGAGAUCGGCCUGAGCCUGAGAUGGGAGAACGUGGUGCUGGCAUGUACCUUCCCGAGGAGCUGGUCUGUUACACUAUUGCAUGUCUUGAAGUCGCGCAGCGGGGUACAGGCGCCUCCGGGAGCACUGUCGCGGAUACUCUGACAGAAUCGCAGAGUAAGAUGAUUCAAGGACUGGUCACCUCUCUUGGCCAACUGUCUGCGCUCCACUUCAAGGGCCGACCAGACGAGGGCCGCGACGCGGUGAAACAGGCCAUCAUCAAGCGACUGUUGCCUGAAUGGAGCCGCUCCUCGUUCACGUCGUACUCUUACCCUUUGCUACUCAGGGAUCCCUUCACAAUCCUGGCUGAGACGGCUUGCAUCGCACCCGAAAUCAUCAAGCAUGUCCUGGUCUUAACGUACUAUGCGUGCUUGGCUCGUACUGUAGUUGGCCUGCUCUACAUCCUGAACAAGACACGAACCGUACCUUCGGCGACACCUCCACCGCGUCAAUAUGAAGACCUCUUCGGCGAUGUCAGGAUGUUCUUCAUGUCCGUUAUCCGACCUUCACCGGUCUUCGAGCACGCUGCUGAGGUUGCGUUCCAAGCCUUUGGCGACGCAAGAAUAGAGAAGCUCAUGUAUACCUUCACCCUCCCUUUCUUGCGUCGCGCAGCCAUUCUUUGUCGAGCGAUUCUCCCCUCCGUAUUCCCCUCCGCUACCGUGAACGACGAUGCCUGCGAGUAUCGUCGACUGCUCAAGAUGCUGGAGAUCCCUCCCCUCUCUGAUCUGCCGAAUCAGGACACCCUCCAGAACGCCUUGUCAGGCUGGUGCGCGCACUACGGCCAUUCACCGGCGGCGACGCAGCUCAACUGUGGGGUCGUGCUGGACUACCCGCUUUUAUAUCAGAUCGUCAAGCUCCCGCUUAUCCUGGAUACACUUUUCCUGGAGCAGGAGAAGGCAAUGAUUUGUCCGCGCUGCAAGACGGUCCCCCCAGAUGCGGCCAUAUGCCUCACCUGUGGCACGACUGUCUGCUUCCAAAGCCAUUGCUGCGUCGACCACGAGAAUCAGGGCAAGGGCGAGUGUAAUAUGCAUAUGAGGGAAUGCUCGGGCCCCGUUGGCAUCUACUUUCUCGUGAAGCGCUGCUCGAUGCUGUACCUCUACGCAAACAACGGCACUUUCGGGCAGUCGCCCUACCUCGAUGUUCACGGAGAGGCAGAUAUCUCUAUGAGACGCGGCCGCAGACAGUACCUACACCACGCUCGCUGGGAAGAAGUUCGCCGCCUGUGGUUGCAUCACGGCAUCCCUACGCUGAUCGCCCGCAGACUCGAAAGCACGGUAGACAACGGCGGCUGGGAGUCUCUGUGAUCUUCCACCUGGCGUACAUCCUUCUGACUGAAAACUAGACAUGGCCCGCUCGCUCUUGUCGUAUAUACGCUUCCGUGCCUUCCAUGUGCCACCCACUAGUUCACUAUCCAACCGCCCGCAUCUAGAACCCUAGCAACUUACGUCACAUCUGUACCACUUUUCCUGUAUACUGCAUUUGUAGCCUAACAUGCAUUUCUGUUGAUACGCAAGAUUAAUAUAUUCAGUCCUGACAUUGAGGUUGAGGGCGGUGAGAUGGAGGGCUUCAUGGUGCCUGGACGCGCAUGCGCUCCAGUGUCCUCUCUUUGCCAAGCAAGACCAUGAUCUCUGCAAUGCCAGGACCGGUCUGUUACCGUCCUGGUUAGC